AUGGUACGUUGCCCCUCUUCUAACCCAAUCCUCACCCCAACCCCCCUGCUUCUCGUGCGCGACUUUUGUUUCUUCAUCCCCGUCAUCUUCGGGUGUCCGACCAAGAUCAAGCCCGAGGGCUCGGGCGGCGCCUACGUCUGCCCGCGCUGCCACAAUGCGCAGGUGGUGACGGCCAAGUCGCGCACGUGGUUCGAGCUGUGCUGGAUCCCCCUCAUCCCGCUCAAGAAGAAGCACAUCUACAUCUGCGGCAUAUGCCAGUGGCAGACGGAACAGGGCGGCGGAUUCCAGCCCCAACAGGCCAUGGCCGGCGGCGGAGGUUACCACGGCCCCCCACCCGGUGGUCAGGGUGGCUACGGUGGCUAUGGACCGCCACAGGGCUAUGGUGGAUACCCGCCAAAGUGA